AUGCGGCGACGGGCGGCCGAUUACCGGCGCCCGGCUCGAAGGAGGUUGUCAUGUUGGAUCUGGGGGCUUCUUGUAAUAUUUUCAGUUGCAGGUUUUGCUUUGUUUGUUCUUCAUCAUAAUCAGCACCAGGAGGAUCAUGUGGAGCAGACUGCUUUAGAGACGAAUACUAAAAAUGAAAGGGUUGUUCACAAGCAUUUAAAUUUUACUGAAGAAAUUUUAAGUGUUCGAUCAUACGCCAGACAAUUAGCAGAGCAAAUGACCCUUGCCAAAGCUUAUGUGAUUAUUGCAAAGGAGCAUAACAAUUUUCAUCUUGCUUGGGAGCUUAGUUCAAAAAUAAGAAGUUGUCAAUCCCUGCUUUCAAAGGCUGCAAAGAAGAACGAGCCUGUAUCGUUGGAUGAUGCCGGACCAAUCAUUAGAAGUCUCUCUUCCCUCAUUUUUAAGGCGCAAGAUGCAUAUUAUGAUAUUGCAACCACUAUGAUUACAAUGAAAUCACAUAUUCAAGCGCUUGAAAAACUUGCCAAUGUGGCUACUGUUCAGAGUACGGUAUUUGGUCAAUUGGCUGCAGAAUCAGUGCCAAAGAACCUUCAGUGUAUUUACAUUAAACUCACUGCCAUUUGGCUUGAGAAAAAUUCACUACGGGAACUUGCGGAUGAGAGGAGGAACUCUCUGCAACUAGUCGAUAAUAAUCUUUAUCAUUUCUGCUUAUUUUCAGAUAACCUUCUGGCUGUUUCGGUGGUAGUUAAUUCUACUGUUUCUAAUGCUGAUCAUCCGAAGCAGCUCGUAUUCCACAUUGUAACGAAUGGAGUGAAAUACGGGGCAAUGCAGGCUUGGUUCCUUGGUAACGAUUUCAAAGGGGCUACAUUAGAAGUUCAAAAUAUUGAAGAUUUCUCUUGGUUGAAUGCUUCUUACUCUCCGGUUUUAAAACAGAUAAAUGAUGAAGAUUUACAGAGAUCCUACUUUGAGAGGACGAAGGAUAUGAGUCUUGAACCGAAGUUACGUAAUCCUAAGUACGUCUCUCUGUUGAAUCACCUGCGAUUUUACAUCCCGGAGAUUUAUCCUCUGCUCGAGAAGGUAGUUUUUCUUGAUGACGAUGUUGUUGUUCAGAAGGAUUUGACCCCACUUUUUUCAUUGGAUUUGCAUGGUAAUGUGAAUGGGGCAGUCGAAACUUGUCUUGAAUCCUUUCACCGUUUUUACAAGUACCUCAAUUUUUCGAACCCAAUUAUCAGCACCAAAUUUGAUCCUCAGGCAUGUGGAUGGGCAUUUGGGUUGAAUGUUUUUGAUCUGAUUGCUUGGAGAAAGGAAAAUGUGACUGCGCUUUAUCAUUAUUGGCAGGAACAAAAUGCUGACGGAUCACUAUGGAAGCUCGGCACUCUUCCUCCCGGAUUUUUAGCUUUUUAUGGAUUGACAGAGCCACUUGAUCGGCGAUGGCACGUCUUAGGAUUGGGUUAUGAUCUGAACAUCGAUAACCAUCUGAUCGAGACUGCAGCCGUGAUACAUUUUAACGGUAACAUGAAGCCGUGGCUAAAGUUAGGAAUAGGCAGGCUUGUAUGCUCUACAUCUAACUCCCAUUACCCUGAAAAGUUAAGUACCACACUGCCUCAAAUUAUAAAUGGAAGCAUGGUUAUAGAUGCGAAAGGUCCCCGUAGAAGCCUCAAGGUGAGGAGAAAGAUGUCAUCGCUGAAAUAUGCAAUCAAGGGGAAUCAGUUCAAAAUUCGACACGAUAUAGUAGUAUCAAUUCAGAGAAAGUCAAAGAGGGAAAUGUAG